CAUGCCGUUGAAAAAUCUCGAGGUGCGAACCACGGAUUCAGAUCUGGCGUCAUUCGGUAAUGUCCAUCUUAUUCGCUUGCUUUUUCUCCGCUUUCGGCAGCUCACUGCAGCACAGCCAGUCUCCAAAAACGCCGUCAUCAUUGUUAACCCCUUUCCGUCUAAUACAACUUUAAUAAACGACGCCGUUUCUAGCUUCCCUCGCAACCAAAAAAAGAAAGAAAAGGAAAAAUCCCUCAAAAUCCGUACAAUAUAUUGGCUGCUACAGAAAACGUGUCUUUCCCUGUAAUCUACGCCAAAUCAGACAGCGAAGAAAGAGGAGGAAGGGGAAGAAGAAGGAGGGACCGGGUCUCUCUCUAGUCGCCAUUAAUGGCGACAAAGAAGCGUGGAGUGCCCACUGCGAUUCCAGAGAAAGCAAGCCCAAGGGUGUGGCUGUAUCUUGUACUUCUUACCCUUCAGUACGGAGCUCAGCCUUUGAUCUCCAAACGUUUCAUCAGGCGAGAGGUUAUUGUUACUUCAUCCGUCUUAGCAUGCGAGGUAGCAAAGGUUAUCUGUGCCCUAUUUCUCAUUGCAAGAGAAGGUGGUUUGAAGAAACUAUAUAAUGAAUGGACUUUAGUUGGCUCAUUGACGGCAUCAGGACUUCCAGCAGCAAUUUAUGCAUUGCAAAAUAGUUUGCUGCAGAUUUCUUACAAAAAUCUUGAUUCACUCACAUUCUCAAUGCUGAACCAAACAAAACUUUUCUUCACAGCAUUGUUUACAUAUAUAAUAUUGAGGCAGAAGCAAUCAACUCAACAAAUCGGGGCCCUUUUCUUGUUGAUAAUCGCAGCUGUUCUUCUAAGCAUUGGUGAAGGCUCUAGCAAAGGUUCUAGCGGUAGUAACCCCGACCAAAUUUUAUUUCAUGGAAUUGUUCCUGUCUUGGUUGCUUCUGUUCUCUCAGGUCUUGCGUCUGCUCUGUGUCAAUGGGCUUCUCAGGUGAAGAAACACACAUCAUACAUGAUGACUAUAGAAAUGUCUGUUGUGGGAAGCCUGUGCUUAUUGGCCAGCACCUAUAAGUCCCCAGAUGGAGAAGCUAUCAGACAGCAUGGAUUCUUUUAUGGUUGGACUCCACUAACUUUGAUUCCAGUUAUAUUUAAUGCUGUUGGUGGAAUUCUUGUUGGCCUGGUUACAUCCUAUGCUGGAGGCGUUCGAAAGGGGUUUGUCAUUGUUUCUGCACUUCUGGUGACAGCUUUGCUGCAAUUUAUAUUUGACGGGAAGCCACCUUCGUUUUAUUGCCUUCUGGCUCUCCCCCUUGUGAUCACUAGCAUUUCAAUAUAUCAGAAAUACCCUUACCGGGUCAAAAAGAAAGAAUCCUAAAUGUAAUCAUCACCAGAUUAGGGUAGAUCCCAGAUCUUCCCCCAAAUUGAUAUGGUUUUCAAUUGGUUUAACAUGUAUGCCUUCUUGCAGAAAGGAAAAGGGAAAAGGGUGGGGGGGAGGUACCAAGUUUUUUUAUGUGUACUCAUACCCACUAAUUCAGGAAUUUGAAACAAUUUUACCCUUUUUGUCAGCAUAUUCACCAGCAUUUGAUUUGGUUUAGGAGCCCCUGUAUGAACUCCACCAUAUAAGAUGAA